AUGGCCAGAAUUCAUCAUGCACGCCCGCAACAUCAGCAGGGCGUCAGUCGUGUAAUGGCGAUUGAGAAGACGCGUGCCGCUGUCAAGAAGAAGAAACCGUAUAAGAUUGUCCUCGAAGCAGUUACUCAAGAGAAGAAGAAGCUACACUCUAUUCUCACCUAUGCCUCCAACGCUCCUCAAGGGUUUGGCUUCGUUCCAGCUGGGCACCCAGAGAUUACUGAGUGGUGCAAGGAGCAGUGUCGCCAACGGAAUCUCGAUGUGCACGUUGUUUCGGCUAAGCCGAAGAACAAGACUCACGCAGACCCCGAAAAGCUCUCGCAUCACGUUCAUCGAAUCGGACAUCACUUCCCUGUAGAAAUUAUCAAGCUGGCUUGCAGCAAGUUCGGGUACGAAUAUGACGAAGAGUCUGGUCUGCGUAAGACCAAGGUCAGUGACAGAGAAAACUGGAUACAACAGCAGGUCGAGAGCUACUCGACCAGGCAGGCACUGCAUGGCCGUCCAACAUCCAAGGAGGGUACGAAGGACCACAUUAGCGGUGCCGUGCGUGAAAUGUUCCCCAAGAUUCCCGAAGCAGAUCUGUCGUCCAUCGUCAAUCAUGCCUUCGAAGAGGGCACAAACCGAGUAGGUAACGCAAAGGAACUCCCUCUGGCUCGCCGAGUUCAAUUAGCUGUUGUUGCACACAUUCGUCACACGUACACAGAUUAUGACAAGAUGCUCAAGACUGGCUCGUGGAUGGAAGCUCGACAAAAGGUUGAACAUGUCUCUCUUGCCAAGCUCAAGGAGUGGAGAGAUGAGACUGGUGAACAGAGUAACGAGAUCGAGGACACUUUCCGCGAGGUGAUCGUCCUCGACGACGAUGAAGACCAGACCAGUGAUGGCGGUAACACGCCUGAUGAGCGCGAGCAGAGCAUGGAGAUAGUUUCCAACCGAGUAUAUGCUCAGGAUAUCCAGAUCGAUCGAUAUCCGCAAUACUCACACGCCACUGAUCAUGAGCGAAGGCGAGGACAUGGAAGGACAAUAUUUGUACAACCGUAUCCUCCUCCCCCCGCACCUCAAGGGCCUCCAGCGCCGCCGUACCGCGCUCCAGUAACGCAUUCCGCGAGAGCACAUGGGGAGUCGGCUCGACACAAGUCGUUCUAUACUGCCCACAGUAGGCCUCCAAUUGAUCCGUAA